AUGAUUAUUUUCAAGAGAAUUUGGAGGGUUAUUUAUUUUAUUUUCUGGUGAUAAUAUGUGCAUGCGUGUGGUGGGCUUUAACAUUUAUGUCUUUCCACUAUUCUUGUCUUGUUUUGUUUUGAAAAAUUUCCAGUUUUGCUUCCUGCAACUUGGUUGUUCCCUUAUCUUUCUUUUUCUUUUUUUCGUUUUUCUCCUUUCUGGUUCCUUCAUUUUCACCAGCUAUGGUUGAGAUUUUCUUGUCCUUCCUGUACAAAUUAUAAAGAUCUUACAUGGGUUUUGUCUAUUAUGUCUUGCGAAACUGUGAAGAGCAAAUAAGAUCUUCAGACUUUUAACCAAGAUCGGAGGAUGAUUGUGAAUACUCGAGAAUGAGAUUGUUUACGAAGUUGGGUUGGAUGUUGAGAAGCUGUGAUCCUGAAAACUUGUUGGUUGCCUGAGAAACGAUGCCAAACCAGCUAUGGUUUGCACUGCUAAUGAUUUAUCAGCAUGGAAGGAUUUUCCAAAGGGCCUCAGGGUCCUUCUUCUUGAGGAAGAUAGCAAUUCUGCUGCAGAGAUAAAAUCGAAACUCGAAGCAAUGGAUUACAUUGUAUCUAUAUUCUACAAUGAGAAUGAAGCGUUGUCAGAGAUUUCAAACAAACCUGAAAGUUUCCAUGUUGCUAUUGUUGAGGUGAGUACAAGCAACAGCAAUGGGAGAUUCAAGUUUCUUGAAGCUGCCAAGGACAUGCCUACCAUCAUGAUUUCAAACAUUCAUUGCCUGAGCACAAUGAUGAAGUGCAUAGCGCUUGGUGCUGUUGAGUUCCUUCGGAAACCUCUCUCUGAAGACAAACUGAGGAAUAUAUGGCAGCAUGUGGUUCAUAAGGCAUUUAAUGCAGGGGAAAGUGUCCUCUCUGAAUCACUAAAGCCUGUCAAAGAUUCUGUAGUUUCAAUGCUGCAACUCAAAGGGGAAACUGAAGUGCCCAAAAAUGAGACCUUAGAGAGAAAGAAAAAUACAUCUCCAGCUCAUGAAAAUGAUCAUGAGCAGUCAUCAGGUAGUGAUAAGUACCCGGCCCCUUCAACCCCACAAUUAAAACAAGGAGCUCGGUUAUUGGAUGAUGUGGAUUGCCAAGAUCAUACUAAUUGCUCAACAGAAAAAGAGAGUGAGGAGGAAUCUAAAUCUGUUGAAACUACUUGUGCAAUGACUGAAGUAACUCUGCAGGUAGGCCAUCCUCAGAGCUUAAGUGAGACUGUGAUCAAAGAGGAGGAUGACUCGGCUGAUGGUAUCAAGGGUGAGAAUAAUGUAUCUAGUCAUCCACAAAAUAAAGACGAUCUCAAAGAUCCUGAUGGAAAUGCUGAAAACCCAGAUAAAGCUUCUGGUCUUCAUAAUUCUUAUGGGACGAGAGUUAUUCGAAAGAAAAUGAAGGUAGACUGGACCCCUGAGUUGCACAAAAAAUUUGUGCAGGCAGUGGAGCAACUGGGUGUAGAUCAAGCCAUUCCUUCAAGAAUACUAGAGGUGAUGAAAGUGGAAGGCUUGACAAGACAUAAUGUAGCAAGUCAUCUCCAGAAAUAUAGAAUGCAUCGGAGACAUAUUCUGCCCAAGGAAGAUGAUAGGAGAUGGUCACAACAAAGGGAUCAAGUACAAAGGAGUUAUUAUCAACAUAAACCUAUCAUGGCCUAUCUUCCAUGUCAUUCUAAUCAUACUUUCCCACUCAGUCCUGUAUAUCCUGUCUGGGGAGCACCUGGUAGUCACCCAGCUGGUGUCCAUACGUGGGGCUCACCUGGCUAUUCCCCAUGGCCACUAAGAGAAAGUUGGCAUUGGAAACCAUAUCCUGGGAUGCAUGCAGAGGCAUGGGGUUGCCCUGUGAUGCCACCACCUCAAAAUCCAUAUUCUUCUUCACCUCAAAAUGCUACAGAGUUUCACAGUGUCGGAACGGUUGAUAAUGGGUGCCUGGAUCCACAAAAUUCAUUUGAUCUACAUCCGGCAGAGGAGGUGGUUGACAAGGUAGUGAAAGAGGCAAUUAACAAGCCUUGGUUACCCUUGCCUUUAGGCCUGAAGCCACCUUCUACUGAUAGUGUCCUAGCAGAACUGUCUAGGCAAGGCAUUUCCAGAAUUCCUCCCCACGUCAACUGCUCAAAUUCCAUGUGAGAAGCAUCUCUUCACUACACUAGAUCAUACUGAUACAUUUUCACUUGGACCAUCAUCAAUAAUGGACCAGCUUCAACCAAUCAACAUCCAUGAUCUACCAGCAAAUGGAUGGGACCACGUUGCUGGGAUGAUGGGACCACGUUGCUGGGAUGUUGACAGAAAAUUAAUGAAGACAACACAAUACAACCCAGUAGUGGAGGAUGACGUGAAGUAGGGGCAACAAGAACGGCUAGAGAAAGGCCAAGUAGAUGCAAUGUUCACCUUGUGUGAAAUUUGUGGUUGUAAAUAGAACCUAUCAAAGGGAAAUUGCUGUUGAAUAUUGGCCUUUUCGGGUGUUUAUGUCGAGCGUUUUUUUUUUUUUGAGCUUUUUGUGUAUGGAUGGAAUAUUGAAGAGGGGGAUUGUUCCAUUGGGUGGAGCGUAUGUGUCUGAUAAUGGGGAAGUGGUCUGGGUGGGUAGCGGUGGUGGUGGCCGCACGGGGACUUUGUGAAUAAAGUUGACAUAGAAUCUUAAUGGAUGCUGACAUGUUUUCUAUCCUUAAUAGUGAUGCUGUAGACUUGUAGCAUCAGCAUUUUCGGUCUAA